AGGUGAAGUAAACGGAGCCUUACACCCUUAAUAGUCGGUGUUAAUUAAGCCUUCCCGAAUUUCCCAUUUACAGAUAAUAAUCUUCAUUAGCGUUCCUUCAAAGAAAAAAAAACAAAAAAUUCAUUAGCGUAAAAAAGCAGCGCGGCAAACGCACUAUAUAUACGCCUCCCUUUUUUUCCACCUCACUCUCUCUCUCCUUUCAACUCUGAUUUCCUUCUCUCUUUUUUAAGCUUCCUCGAACUCAUCAAUGGCGGAUUCCACAGAAACCACCGUCAAAACUACAUCCACAGAUGAAGCGCCGGAAACUUCUUCCGCCACUUCAACUCCGCCGGAAACCUCUUCCGACACCACAAUCCCACCGGAAAUCAAGCCGGCAGAAGUUAAACGUUCUUGGGGCGACGAAGUAGACGACGAAGAAUUAGCCGUCGAUCAGCUUUCAAUCAAAGAGAACCAAGACUUGGAUGAGCCUGAAGAUUCCAACAUUAAAGCGGUUACGACGGGAGAUACACCGUAUACAUCAGCGAAGAAGUUUGAAGAUUUGAAUUUGUCUGAGGAAUUACUCAAGGGUUUGUACGUUGAGAUGCGAUUCGAAAGGCCGAGUAAAGUUCAAUCUGUUACUUUGCCUAUGAUUUUGACACCACCGCACAGAAAUUUGAUUGCUCAAGCUCAUAAUGGAUCUGGAAAAACUACCUGCUUUGUUUUGGGAAUGUUGAGUCGUGUUGAUCCUAAGCAACAAGCUCCUCAAGCUCUCUGUAUUUGCCCCACCAGAGAAUUGGUUAUUCAGAACUUAGAGGUGCUGCAGAAGAUGGGGAAGUAUACUGGAAUUACUGCAGAGAGAGCAAUCCCUGAAAAUUUGGAUAAUCCAACACAUACUCCAAUUAAUAAGCGAGCUCCAGUAACAACCCAAGUGAUAAUUGGGACUCCUGGUACAAUUAAAAAGUGGAUUUCAUUAAGAAAAUUGUCUUUAUCUUAUAUGAAGAUCCUGGUGUUUGAUGAAGCUGAUCACAUGUUAGCUGCGGAUGGCUUCAAGGAUGAUUCUCUUAGAAUUAUGUCUGAUAUCAAGAAAAGUGCUCCUAAAUGUCAGGUGUUGCUGUUUUCUGCCACUUUUAGUGAAUUGGUGAAGCAGUUUGUUACAAGAGCAAUUCCAGAUUACAAUCAAUUAUUUGUCAAGAAGGAAGAACUAUCGCUGGAGUCAGUGAAGCAGUAUAAGGUUCGUUGCCCCGGUGAACUGGAAAAAAUUCAGGUUGUUCGUGAGAAAAUACUGGAGUUGGGUCAAAAGGUUGGCCAGACCAUCAUAUUUGUGCGCACAAGAAACAGUGCUAGCUAUCUUCAUAAGGCACUUGUGGAUUUGGGUUACGAAGUUACAACUAUUCAAGGUGCUCUUUCUCAUGAAGAUAGAGAUAAAAUAGUGAAAGAGUUCAAAGACGGGUUAACCAAAGUUCUUAUAUCCACUGAUGUUCUUGCUAGAGGCUUUGACCAGUCACAGGUCAACUUGGUGGUUAACUAUGAUCUUCCAGUGAAGCAUGAUGUUAAGACAGAGCCUGACUGUGAGGUAUAUUUGCAUAGAGUAGGACGAGCAGGACGUUUUGGGCGUAAAGGCGCAGUAUUCAAUUUGAUUUGUGAUGAAAGAGACAAUAUGAUUAUGGAGAAGAUUGAGAAUCAUUUUGGAACUAAAGUAGUUGAGGUGCCUGAUUUUAGAAGUGAGGCUGACUUUGAAGCAGCUCUUAAGGAAGCUGGGUUAGUUUGAGGUUUCAAGAGUGCAGUUUAUUAUGAAGAAGUGGAACUAUGGAUGAUACCACCAGUGAGUGUUGUGUUGAUUUUAUACCGAUUUUUAUAUUUUGUACCAUAACUCAUUCGGUCUGGUUCUUUUUGAGGCUAUCUGUAAUUUAUUGAGUCAAACAGUGAGAUCUCUCAGUUGGUUAUUGGCUACAUAUUUUUCCAUGUCUGUGUUCUUAGCUUUAAGGAGGAUAUAUCCAAUUGAGAACAGAUGAAAUGCAAUUAAGAAUUGGCUAUGAAAUAUCUCUAGUUAAAGGAACUCUGUCUACUAUUGCUGGAACUUUAGCUUCUGGGGUCUUUGGAAUCGAGAUUGUAUGUGUACCAGUUUGACAGUGGUUUUGAUAAGUUAAUUAAUGUCCAAAAUGAUGUCUUCUGAAA